AUGAACACAAAGGAGAAUGCCUCGGACGAGUCGUCCACCGCGGCGACACCCGCGCGACAGCCACCACAGCUCGGCCAAGAGACGUUCUGGUCACCAAGGCUUCGAGCGCAGCGCGGCGAGUACCUCAAAGCAGUCGGCGGCGCUACUGUCUUUGUCAUGAUCGCCAUCUGGGCGGUAGUCUCCAUCUACUGGGGCUCGGUCUGGAAAGAGAUCGAUCUCUCGCCCAAUCUCAAUGCGUGGGUCAUCAAUCGCGAUAACGGUGCGGUCGGUUCGGCCGUUCAGGAGGCCUUGCUGGCUGCCAACACGGGCGCAAAGCCACACAGCACCUGGACCGUCAUCGACCCUGCACGCUACCCCAAUCAGGAUCAGAUCGACUACGAGAUCACCAACGCCCAGUCUGUAUGGCUGGUCGUCACUGUGGCCGAAGGUGCCACAGCCAAGCUCGAACAGGCGCGCGCCAACGGCGAUGCUUCGUAUGACCCCACCUCGCUCGUCUCGCUGAGCUACGCAACGGCUCGCAACUUCCAGGUGGUGCCCUCCAUGGUGCUUUCCCCGGCCAUGAAGACGCUCCAACAGGCAAUGACACAGCUCGGCUCGCAAUUCGCCGCCGAGUAUCUUUCCGGCGCUGCGGGCAACCAGACGGCCAUCAACAACCUUGCCCGAGCACCUCAGACGCUUGUCUCGCCUGUCAUCCUCAACCAACGCGACCUGCGUCCCUACGAUGUACCGGUUGCCAUCGCCGUGCUCGUCGUUGGUCUCAUCUACCUCUGCAUCUUGGCCUUCAUCACCACCAUGGCCGGCUUCGGCGCGAGGCAGCCUCUGCAGCCAUUCCUGCGCUUCCGCUCGCUGGUCGCUAUGCGCAUCACCGUCCCGCUCGUAGCCUACUUCUUCACCUCGCUCAUGAUCUCGCUCCUCAACAUCGCCUUCGAAGUGCCCUUUGGUAGGACCUUCAGCUACGGCGCUGGAUUCAUGAUCUGGUGGGCGACUACCUUUGUCGGCAUGUGCGUUCUGGGCUUUGUCACCGAGUGUGCCAUCUCGCUCGUCGGUCCCAAGUUCAUCGGUCUCUCGCUCGUCUUUUGGAUCAUCAUCAACGUCUCGGUGGCCAAUCUGCCUAUCGAGCUGUCUCCCUCAUUCUACAGAUACGGAUACGCCAUGCCCUUCUACAACAUUCGCAUGAUCUACGUCAAGAUCAUCUUUGACGUCGGUCAGCGCAUCGAGAUUCUCAAGCACUUUGGCAUUCUCUGGGCUUGGCUGGUGGUUGUCUUGUUGACCUUGCCACUUUGGAUGCACCUCGAACGAAAGCCGGUCAUGAAGGCACGUCAGGCAGCGCAGCAGAAGCAGAACGGACAGCCACCAGCUUCGUCGUAA